AGCGAAAUUCUGACGAUCUGUUUGUUGUUGUUGAUAAACUUCAACGCAUAUUUAUCACUCAAGUUGCAUCAUUGCCUGUAAUUAAACGUAUAAAUUUCAAAAUUUAACUUUAUCGUUAAUUUUUAUGCACUUAUUAGACAGCUGCAAUGGAAGAAAUUCUGGAAGACUACAUAUCAUCUGAAGAUUUAAAAAAAUUUGAGGCUGUAUAUCAAAACCAUCUUCAAGAUGGAACUGUGACAGCGAGAGAACAAUUUGAUUAUGCUUGGUGUCUAAUUCGAAGUAAAUAUCCCACCGAUAUAAGAAGAGGUGUUGUUUUGCUGGAAGAUCUUUUCCAAAAUGGAGAUGCAACUACUAAACGAGAUUAUAUGUAUUAUUUAGCAAUUGGCCAUACUAAACUUAAAGAUUAUAACAAAGCCCUUAGGCUGUUGUCUAAAUUCUUGAGUAUCGAGCCAACAAACAGACAAGCUCAAGGGCUCCAAAAAUUUGUAAAAGAUAAAAUGAGAAAAGAAGGCCUCAUGGGAAUGGCUAUUGUCGGUGGUGCUGCUUUGGCGAUAGGCAGUGUGGUUGGUAUAGGAAUGGCCCUGGCUCGAAAGUAAAUUGAACAAACUGCUAAGUCUUCACUAUGUGAUCAGAAUGAUGUUUGGACCACAGAAUAUUAUGUCUUUCGUUUUGUAACAUAUGUAUAGUUUGGUUUGAAAGACUUUUCUAAUGCAAAAAAGAGAUGGUUUCUUUUAUUUAUCUGUUUGAAUACUGAUUAAUAAAUUAGCAUUUAAACAGACAAGUGAUGCCGCUUUAUUAUUCAUUGGAAGAACAUUAAUUUUUUUUCAGUAUCUUAAUGAGAUAAUUUUCUCAGUUAAAUUUUCAUGUACAAUUUAAAGCAUAUUUUAAAUCAGUAUUCGUUUUCAUAGUUCCUGUACUUAUAAUUUUUGUGAUGUGUAUCUUACAUAUCGAUGUCACAUUUGAAAUAUCUGUAUUUAAUACUUGAAACUGGAAUAAAGCAUCUGAAGUAUU